AUGGACGAGACGGGCUUCCGUAUUGGGGAGUCGGCAACAGCCGUUGAAGCGAUUUCUGCCGAUGGUCGAUACAUCCCUGCGUUUUUGAUCCUAUCCGGCAAGGUCCACCUCGAACAGUGGUACGCCAUCAAGGAGCUAGAUGGCGAUACCCUUAUUGGUGUUACGGAAACGGGAUUUACGAACGAUCAGCUCAAUCUAGCGUGGAUUCAACAUUUCGAUAAGCAUGCAAAGAGCAAAGGUGCUUGGAGGCUAUUGCUCCUUGACGGCCACGGCUCCCACCAUAUCCUUGACCUUAUCGAGUACGCUGAAGCCCAUAAUAUUGUGCUCUUUGCAUUGCCUCCGCAUCUUACGCAUCUCCUUCAACCGCUUGACGUCGUGAGCUACCUGCAGAGCCGUAUUCAUCCCCUUUUGGUACCCCCCAUACCGUACGGAAGUUUGAAUCACAACGCCAAGGCCGGAAGAAAUACAAGAACCGCCACCUUCAAAGCGGUGGAGUACUGA